GCGAGCAGAUGAGCUGUGUGUGUAGAGUGUGCACAGUGGAGGGAGGAGAAGUCACAGGCUAUAUUCAAACUUUAUACACACACACACACACACACACACACACACGAGUGUUUAAAGUGUGUAAUGCACCUGUCUGCUCAGUGCUGAAGAUAUUUGAUGCCAGCAUCCUCCACAACCUCGAGCCAAUAAAUCUGCGUCUGAUCAUGCCAGUGGACAUGGCCGUGCAGCUCUACAUCACACACUCUCCACCUCUGCACAGCUUCCUCAGCUCGUACGAGGACUACAGGGCGAGGAAUCUCAUCAACGUCCGCUGCAAACCUCUGCGUCCCUGCAUCAACACCAAAAACACCCGCAACACCAGUCCGAAUCCGCCAUGCCGCGCCUGGUCGGCUCCCGAAACCAAAGCUAAGAAGAAGGUGGUGUUCGCCGACUCCAAAGGCAUGUCGCUGACCGCAGUUCAUGUCUUCUCUCUGUGCGAAAAUAACAAAAAAUCCGACUCGCUGCCGCAGUUCCAUGCCCCGAAGAUAGAGGGCGCUCUUAAUCCCGUCCAAACCAGAAUCCUGGAGUUUCGGCAACCAGCGGCAGAAUACCUGGACUUCCGGAAUCGCCUGAUGAAGAAUUUGGUGUGUCUGGAGAGCUGCACGCUGCAGGGCCACACGCUAACGGGGACGAUUAAAGUGCGAAAUCUGUCGUUCGAGAAAUCCGUCCACAUUCGGAUCACCUUCGAUUCGUGGAAAAACCACCGGGACGUCGAGUGUACUUUCAUGAACGAUGUCUGCGGACACAGAGACACCGACACGUUCUCCUUCGUCAUCGAAAUUCCAGCGUGUGUGCCGCCUCAGGAUAGCGUGGAGUUUUGCAUUAGCUACACCAGCGGCGGAAAGACGCACUGGGACAACAACAACGGAAAGAAUUACGCGCUUGUGACGAAGCAUGAUGACAAGACGGAUAAAAGCAAGGAGACGGAUUUGUUCGAUCGAUUCAGAAGCCAGCAAAAGUGCAACAGAUUUUCUGAGAGGAACAGCUGGAUGUUCGGGAUGAGCGCCCCCUACUGGUGACACGCAAACAAGCAACGUUAAUAAGAUUUUAUGUUUCCAAGAUAUAAGCUAUAAAAACAGAGUGAGGAUGCAAGAAAGCCUUCUUCAGUCAUUUAUCAGAACAGAAAUCUCAUUCUGUGUCAUUUUCAUCUUUUUCACCUUUGUAACUAAUGUACGUUUCUUUAUCAUCUUAUUCUGUCAUACUGCUAUUUAUCAAUCUGUGCGAUGUGAAAUAAUUUUCAUGCAGCUCUAAUGGACUCUGAACAUUUAUAUCAGCAAAAUAACUGAAAAUCACUUCAGCAAAAAUGGAGGAAGAGCCGUGUCUGAGAUUCUCCUUCAUAUUGAAGGGUGAAACGAAUAUUUACAAAAUUUCACAAUGAUUCCACUCUGUAGCUCUGAGUGUUAUUUUGGUCAGUCUGUGUGUUCAUGUUGGGAAUUUAUAGCUGCUAUAUGGAUUUGCUUCAAAAGUGUGUGGCUCAUUUUUGCCUGGAUGGUCUCCUGUUGAUAUGAUGUGGUGUAAAUGAAUAAACACUGGUUAGUAUA